UUUAAAAAGUAUCGAGUAUUUUCUGGCGGGUUUUCUUUUGAAUUCAUCGUUUUCUGUAAAGUUUAUUUCUCAAAAGACAGUAUUCAGUUCAUUAUUGUCUGACUUAUCAAAAUGGACAAAAAAAUAUUUUAUCGUAGUAAAAAACAAAAAUUAAAAUUUCCGAUGAAAAUUUUUGAUGGAUACGAAUACAAUAUUUAUCGCAUUAAAAAUGGUAUCAGUUACAUAAGGUGUUAUGACCGUGAUUCCAAAGCUUGCUAUGCUUGUGGUAAAAUUUGGAACAAUCGACCGCAAUUAUCAGUUGAACAUAAUCAUGAGAGUAAUCCUAAACUUGGAUUAUAUUAUACUUUUCAAGAAGAUCUAUACAAUGAAACCAUCAAACGUCCAUACCGAUCAAUACGAUUGAUCUAUGAUCAUUUAUGCUUAACGAAUCAUGAAGCAGCUGUUGAAUAUACAUGGGUGAACAUGCAGCCAGUAAUGAAUAAUUGGCGUCGUCUCAAUCGACCUCUUCUUCCACGGAAACCACAAAGUUUACAAGAUUAUGCGAUGUUACUCAGCAUGCCGCAAUACUCUCACUUAACACAUUACUCUCAAGGCCAACUAAGCGUGUCAACUGAAAGUUCUGCUGAUAAUAGUUUAGUUACCGUGUUGUACGACUUAAAUUUUGUGAUGUCGGUAACAACCUCAACUUUAUUUAUGGAUGCUACGUUUAAAAUAACACCGAAGCAACCGAAAGUUUAUCAGGUUUUUACAAUUCUUGCGCAAAUUAAUAACAAGGUUUCUUUACCAGUGUGUUGGAUGCUCAUGUGUAAAAAAUCAGCUGCUGCGUACAUUAAGGGAUUAGAGUUUUUUAAGACGAAUGUAGCACCUCACAUCGCUCCGAAUAUUGUUAUGACAGAUUUUGAAUCUAGCUUAAAAAUUGCGAUAAGAGAAAUAUACCCUGAAGCAGUUCAUAGUGGUUGCUUUUUUCAUUUUUGCCAAGCGCUGAUAAAGAAAUUAAAAAAACUUGGAAUAUUGGGACUAAUAAGUACUUGGAAGUAUGGGCAAAUUAUUAUGCGUAAAUUUAUGGGACUAGCAUUGCUGCCAGCCGAUGAUAUUGUACGCGGAUAUCAAUGGUUAAUAAAUAAUAUCCCUGAUGGAAUUAAAAUGAUUUUACAACCAUUCCUUACAUAUUUUUAUGAUGAGUGGAUUAUAAGAACUCCACCUACGAUGUGGAGUGUUUUUAAUUUGCUGCAUCGUACUAACAAUGUCACAGAAUCGUACAACAAAAAAACCACUCUACGGUUCGGAGAUCAUCCUACAAUAUGGGAUUUUACUGAAAAACUUAAGAACCUCCAGGCAGUGACACGAACUGAGUUCGAAUCUUUAAAUAAUGGUGAAGAAAUAACCAGACAACGCCAAUCGCCUGAAGAAGUGUAUCAUGAGUCAAAAAUUAAAAAAAUGUGGGAUUUGUAUGAUUCGGGAGCAUUAGACUUACCCAACUUCUUAGCCUGUGCAAGCGAUGUUUCUAAUGCUUUCCGAUCUAAUCAUUACAUAAUUCUUGCAGAUAAUGCAGAUAACAAUGAUGAUUAUGAAGGGUUGUUGAUUUUUUUAGAAAUUGAUGUUCAUGAUCUUUGAAGUUGGG